AUGAUGCUCAAGCUACUGCAGUGCAGUCUUCUCACUCUUCUGUAUACCCAAGACUCCGCUGCUUCUCCCGAGCAGUCUUCCAGCGUAGCUCUGGAUGGUGAGUAUACCUUGUCAUGGCUUCAGGACUCGCUUGUCAUCACCGAAGGCGACACGACUGUCUGGUCGACUGUUCCUGGGAAGCCUUUCAUCGGUGCCAGUGCGGGAAAUGAUUCUUUUCCUGGAUCCAAUGGCGCCUUUAAUAUCACACAAGUCGACAUCGAUCGCUGCACGGAUCAGAGCAUUUCUUCUGUGCAGAGUGUGCCAUGGGAUGGUACAGUCACCGGUUCUGCAGGACAGGUCAAAGGACAACUCCUAUCUUGUGGGACAGGCUCUGCGGAAUUUGAGCUGACUUUCUGGAUAUCUGCCAACCUGACGGAUCAGGUCGCUUUCUACCUGAACAUUAUACAACAGUCCGGCUCAGCCACGCCGCUGAAGAAGCUCUACUUCAGCUUCGCCAGUACCGCAAAUGAGGACAUAUAUGGUCUUGGAGCCCAAGCUUCGUUCGCAUCGCUCAAGAGUCAAAGCAUACCUGUGUUCUCCCGCGAGCAAGGUGUUGGCAGGGGUGACCAGCCCAUUACUGGUAUUUUGAACCAGAAUGGUUCUUUCGCGGGUGGUGACAAGUUCACGACCUACACGGCAGUUGCUUCGUACAUUACAACGGAGGGUAGGAUGUUCUCUCUGUCCGAGAAAAGCACAGGCUAUGUGAACUUCGACUUUACCGAGCCAGAUACAGUCACGUUCCGAUAUGACUCGUUGAGCGUGGAUGGCGCUUUCGCGAAGGCUGGAGAUAUGUUCGGCGCUGUUGAACGUCUGACAGCUCUUACCGGACGAAUGCCACAGCUGCCUAAGUGGGUCGACAACGGAGCGAUCUUGGGCAUCCAAGGUGGUCAGAGUAAAGUCGAAGAGAUCGUACUGCAUGGCCUCAACGUGAGCUGCCCGAUAGCUGGAGUCUGGCUCCAAGACUGGGUGGGCACGCAUAGCCAAGCUGGACCCUACAUCAAUGUUUCCCGAUUAUGGUGGAAUUGGGAGAACGACCAACAGCUGUACCCGGCGUGGCCUGCCUUCGUCCAAGGUCUGCGUGAUCAGUACAAUGUCCGCACAUUAUCAUAUGUGAACACGUUCUUGGCCAAUGUCUCGACCAAGCCGGAUGGCUUUGAGCGAAACCUCUAUGCCCAAGCGGACAAGGCAGCUUACUUCGUGCAGAAUACCACCACGAAUUCAACCGCCAUCAUAUCUAGCGGUCCUGGAUUGGACGCUGGGAUUAUCGACCUCACGAAUCCUGGCCUGCGAUCCUGGUUUUCACAAGUGCUCAAGGAGCAGGUAUGGGGCGCUAAUAUUUCUGGGUACAUGUCGGACUUUGGCGAGUAUACUCCUGUCACUUCGGACACCAGACUGUAUGAUCUGGUUUCUGACGCCUUCUUCGCACAUGACGAAUACCCGCUCCUAUGGGCACAGUAUCAGCGACAGACGAUCGAGGAGCUAGGUCUUGAGAACGAAGCACUUGUCUUCCAUCGCUCGGCCGCGACGGGUGCGAACCAGUAUAUGAAUCUCUUUUGGGUGGGCGACCAGAACCUUGAUUGGGGCGUCAAUGAUGGGAUCAAGAGUGUCGUGACCAUUAUGCUCCAUAUGGGCCUCAGCGGCUAUGCUCACCAGCACUCGGACGUUGGCGGCUAUACGGACACCCUCACUUAUUCGAACUAUAAUGUUACUCGCUCUGCCGAGCUACUCGGCCGCUGGGGUGAGCUCGCAGCUGUCUCGAGCUCUGUCUUCCGUUCACACGAGGGGAAUAUACCUAGUGUAAAUGCGCAAUUCUACAGCAAUGAUACGACCUACCAAUACUACGCGUACAACGCUCGCAUGUUCGUGGCUCUUGCUCCGUACAGACGACUUAUCUUAGAGACGGAGUGUGCGACGAAAGGCUGGCCACUACUCAGGCCGCCAGUCAUGUAUCAUCCCCAGGAUCUCAAGGCUCGUCAGAUCAGCUAUCAGAGCUUUUACCUGGGACCGGAUGUAUACGUCGCUCCUGUUCUGGAUGCCGGUGUGCAGGCGGUCAGUGUAUAUCUUCCAGGAGGGAGCAAUAGCACGUUUGAGCAUGUGUGGACUGGUCAGGUUUAUGAAGGUGGUCAGGAUAUUACGGUUUCGGCGCCUUAUGGUAAGCCGGCUGUCUUUUUGGUCAACGGCACUCAGCGAGCGGAGCUGAAAUCGUUCACCAAUUUCGUGCAUCUUGAGAAUGGGACGAAGCUUAGCAUAGCAUGA